UGAUGCACGGAAUCUUUAUGUCUCCUCGCUCCAGCCGGCUAUAAGCAAGACACCCCAGCUACCAGCAGCUCGAUCGCACAGUCCCAAGCUAGCUCAUCCUCACAAUGGCCCCCAGCUCCUCCACAAAGCGGCUUGUCGCCAUCGCAGUCGUGACUUUCCUGCUCGCCGCCACGUCGGGCCACCGGCAGCCGGUGCACCUGCGGCUGUACAUGCACGACGUGAUGCGCGGGCCGGGAACGACGGCCAUCCACCUCAUCCACGGCGUCGGGCCACCGCACGACGUAGAGCGGGGCGCCUACUUCGGCGACACGGCGGCGAUCGACGACGUGGUGACGGAGGAGCCCGACGCCGGGUCGCGGGCUGUCGGUCGGGCACAGGGCACCUACAUGCUGGCCUCCCAGCAUGAGGAGGUGCUCACCGUCGCCAUCACCGUCGAGCUCACCGCGGGGCCGUACAACGGCAGCACCUUCUCCGUGGCCGGCCGCGUCGGGGUGUACGACGACAAGGCGGAGGCCGCGGUGGUCGGCGGCACGGGCCGGCUCCGGCGCGCCGCCGGCUACCUGACGUGGAGGAUGGUCGAGCUGGUGGUGUCCGAGAAGUACGUGAUGGUGGAGCUGGACGUGCACAUGUCCGUGCCGCCGGUGAGCGCCGCCGGUGGCAAUUGGUGGUCAUCUCUGCUGUUGCGGUCGAUUAACUAAUAAUAUAUAGCACAAUUAAAUUAAAUAUGCUCGAUCGUGGCAACUGAUCGUGCAUCUUUAAUUUUGCGAUCGAUCGAAUAACACAGCACAGAUUGCAAUC